GUGUGAAGGCUGGGUGAAGAUAGUGACGACAAGAUGGUUUUCAAUAUCCUUUCUUCAUCGCCUCUUCGAUCAUUGGGCUCAAGUCUUGGUUCCUUCUCGACCUGCCGAUGGAGUUCAAGUCUGCCCAGCAAGACAGCCCAUCAACGUACUGCUGCCGUGUUUCAAAACAGAGUGUUCCAGCGCCGUCGCCUACCAAACCGCCAAAAAUUCCUCGAGGACCAGAAGGCCCAAGGUGAAAGUAGGGCCCUAGAGAAGUUUCAGACUCGUGAUUGGAAAGCGGGUGAUAUCUACGCUCCCCAUGAUCUCAGUCCGGCAGAAAUGAAGAAGUGGAGAAAGCGCCAGGGCCCGGCAGCAGAUGCCUUUGACGCUUUGAACAUGAAUCCGCUUGAUCUUUACAAGAACUUUUCUAUAAUGUCCGAAUAUAUCACCCCAAUGGGCCGCAUAAAGCACAGAAGCGCAACCGGCCUACGACCCGUCAACCAGCGCAAGAUUGCAAAGGCUAUUCGGAGAGCAAUCGGCAUUGGCCUCAUGCCAAGUGUCCACAGACAUCCCGAGAUUCUGGCGGCGGAAGCAAAGGCGAGGAUGGAGGGAACCCCCAUCUAUUAGACGCGGGAGCUCGUUUGCGUGUAUUCAAUAUGAUGUCGAAAUAUGCACGGCCGGAGUUGUUUAAUUUUUAUGUCUUACCACAUUUAUCAAUCCCCAAGAUGUUCGCAAUGGGAGAUACCUGUACUACUACUAUUGAUUGGAUUAAGAAG